AUGGGGCUGCUCUGGGGCAAAUGGUGCCCCCGUCUGCCGGCCGGCGGCCAGCCCACCCCAGUCGCCGCGGCCCGGAGGCCCCAGAGCGUCAUGUCGGAGAGCAAGGAAUGGGCCACCCUGAGCCCCGAGGAGUUCGCCCACCUGCAGAAGUACAUUGACUACAGCAGCAGGAAGGUCCAGGACGUGCUGCAGGACUUCUAUGGAGAUGGCGCCUUGGUGCAGCACCUGCAGGGAGACUCGAUCGACUUUGAGGGCUUCAAGCUGUUUAUGAGGAGCUACCUGGAGGCCGAGGAGAUCUCGGACGCGCUCUGCCAGCACCUCUUCCUGUCCUUCCAGACCUCGCCUGGGGAGGCCCCCGGGCAGCAGCCGGGCCUCGGGGAGCAGCCAGCCAGCGGCCUCGUCUGUGUCAACGACGUCUCCUGCUACUUCUCACUGCUGGAGGGGGGGCGCCCCGAGGACAAGCUGGAGUUCACCUUUAAGCUCUACGACAAGGAUGGGAACGGCCUGCUGGACAGUUCGGAGGUGGAUCGGAUCAUCACCCAGAUGAUGCGAGUGGCCGAGUACCUGGACUGGGACGUCACAGAGCUCAAACCCAUCCUGCAGGAGAUGAUGAAGGAGAUCGACUAUGACGAUAGCGGGACGGUGUCGCUGGCCGAGUGGCUGCGGGGGGGGGUCACCACCAUCCCCCUGCUGGUGCUGCUGGGCCUGGAAGUGAACAUGAAGGACGACGGGCAGCACAUGUGGCGGCUGAAGCACUUUAACCGGCCUGUCUACUGCAACGUCUGCGAGACCCUCCUGGUCGGGCUGCGCAAGCAGGGCCUGUGCUGCACCUUCUGCAAGUUCACGGCCCACGAGCGCUGCGCCCGCCGGGCGCCCCUCAGCUGCAUCAGCACCUACGCCAAGUCCCGCAAGGACACCAGCGCGCAGAGCCACGUGUGGGUGAAGGGCGGCUGCGAGGCCAGCAAGUGCGACAAGUGUCAGAAGAAGAUCAAGAGUUUCCAGAGCCUGACGGGGCUUCACUGCGUCUGGUGCCACCUCAAGAUCCACGAGGAGUGCCAGCCCAGCGUGCCCCCGACCUGCGACUGCGGGGCCCUGCGGGACCACGUCCUGCCCCCUUCGGCCAUCUACCCUGUCGUGCUGGAGAGGCAGAACAGCCAGAAGAACGAGGGCGGGACCCCGGUGGAGGAGACGCUGCAGCCCUGCACCACGCCCGAGGGCCAGGCGCUGCGGAUCAUCCCAGUGCCCGACACCCACCCCCUCCUGGUCUUCGUCAACCCCAAGAGCGGCGGGAAACAGGGGGAGAGGGUGCUCCGGAAGCUCCAGUAUCUCCUCAACCCGCGGCAGGUUUACAACCUGAUGAAGGGGGGCCCGGCCCCCGGGCUGAACUUUUUCCGGGACGUGCCGGAUUUCCGAAUCCUGGUGUGCGGGGGGGACGGCACCGUGGGGUGGAUCCUGGACGCCAUCGAUAAAGCCAACCUGCCCCAGCGCCCCCCGGUGGCCGUGCUCCCGUUGGGCACCGGCAACGACCUGGCACGGUGCCUGCGCUGGGGAGGAGGCUACGACGGGGAGAAUCUGCGGAAGAUCCUGAAGGACAUGGAGAGCAGCAGCGUCCUGCUCAUGGACCGGUGGCUGGUGCAGGUGACCCCCGAGAACCCCGCGGAGAAGGGGGACCCCGUCCCCUACGAGAUCAUCAACAACUACUUCUCCAUUGGCGUGGACGCCUCCAUCGCUCACCGAUUCCACCUCAUGCGGGAGAAGUACCCCGAGAAAUUCAACAGCCGGAUGAAGAACAAACUCUGGUAUUUUGAAUUUGCCACGUCCGAGACCAUCUUCGCCACCUGCAAAAAGCUCAAGGAAUAUCUGACCAUUGAGUGCUGUGGGCAGCCCCUGGACCUGAGCGGAGCCCUGUCGGGGGUCGCGGUCCUCAACAUCCCCAGCAUGCACGGCGGCUCCAACCUCUGGGGCGAGACGAAGAAGCCGCUGGGCGAGGCCCGGAAGGUGGGCGGCAGGAGCCAGCCCGAGGCCGUCACCGAUCCGGAGACGCUCAAGACCUGCGUGCAAGACCUGAGCGACAAGCGGCUGGAAGUGGUGGGGCUGGAGGGCGUGAUUGAGAUGGGGCAGAUCUACACGGGCCUGAAGAGUGCAGGCAAGCGGCUGGCCAAGUGCUCGGAGAUCACGCUGCGGACCCUGAAGUGCCUGCCCAUGCAGAUCGACGGGGAGCCCUGGAUGCAGCCGCCCUGCACGAUCAGGAUCACCCACAAGAACCAGGCGCCCAUGCUCCUGGCCCCGCCCCCCCGCUCCUCCAGCUUCUUCGGCAUCAAGAAGGGACCCCAUGAGUCGUAG